CGCGCCCCGGAAGUUGUGGUGUUAGCAUUAGCAGCUAACGUGUGAGGCGGAUAUCAGUUUCUGGACUCAAACUUCGCUUCAAAGCAAACAAAAAUCUGCUGAGUGAAGAGCUGCAGCGUCAUGGCUCACAUCACCAUCAACCAGUACCUGCAGCAGGUUUACGAGGCCAUCGAUAACCGCGAGGGCUCGUUCUGUGCCGAGCUGCUCUCCUUCAAACACCCGCAUGUCGCCAACCCGCGCCUCCAGCUGGCCAGUCCAGAGGAGAAAUGUCAGCAGCUUCUGGAGCCGCCGUAUGACGAGAUGGUCGCCGCCCACCUCAGGUGUACGUACGCGGUGGCCAAUCACGACUUUGUGGAGGCGUACAAGUUUCAGACGCUCGUCGUUCAGUCCUUCCUCAGAGCCUUCCAGGCACACAAGGAGGACAACUGGUGAGGCUUAGCUUAGCUUAGCACAAACACUGGAAGUGAAGGGAAACUGUUAGCCUCAUCUGUGUGUGUGUGUCUGUGUGUGUGUCUGUGUGUGUGUGU